AUGGCAGACUAUUUUAGUGAAAUGGGCUGGACACCCUUAGGAGAAGGUGAAACGCCAAAUCAUUUCUUACAUCUAGCAAGACUAUUCAGAGACUACAACAUGUUUGAAGAAUUGAAUGUGUUGAAUGGGGAGAAAUUGCCUCCACCAGCAUCAGCAAGAGUAGUUGAAGAGAUUCCAAAUGAAUCUGUUACAUCUGAUGGUUUACAGUGUCCUGUAUGCCUUAAAGAACAUGCAAAAGGUGAAUCUGCAAAAAAAUUACCUUGUGGCCAUUUGUACCAUUCUGAGUGCAUCAUGCCCUGGCUCCACAAAACUAACUCUUGUCCUUUAUGCAGAUAUGAGCUUCCUACAGAUGAUGAGGAUUAUGAAGCUUUGAGAAAGGAAAAAAAGAGGGCAAAAGAAAGAGAAGCUGAUAUAGAAAAUCUCCAUAACUCAAUGUUUUCAUGA